AGCUGCAUCAGCUGUUCGCGUUUUUGUUUACAGCCGGCGCUUUUGAUUCGGAAUUAUUGUUUUGUUUCAGUAUUAAUUAUUACUAGGCUUUUUUUCAAUUUCUUAAAAGCUAGAAAAAUUAAAGUUUCUAAACAAAUUACAUAUCUGCCACAAAAUUAGCGAACAAAAAGAUAUCGUACCUCACAAUGAGGAAAAAACGACGAAAGAAAAAUCUGAUACGGGCGAUAUGCCUCCACCAAGUUCUCCAAUGUCUGCUGACAGUGAGUUGGACAUCACCAGCGAAAAGUUUGACCCAUUACGCGCGCUAUAUGCUCCAGGAUACUGCAUUAGUGAAAAAAAGCCAAAAGUAAUUUACCAAAAUUUGGCUGCUUUUGAAAGUGCACUUAAACGUUUCGGUAUUAUGAACCUUAACAAGCGUAAUGCACCAACUGUAAACCAAAACAUACCAAAAGAAGAUGGUGGUUCAAGUACAUCGAGCGUUAAGCCAAGUAUUUCUAAACAAAGACCAAUACCAAUAAUCCCCGAAGAGACGCAGCAACGUCGAUUCCAACCACAUCAAAUGCCUAUUAAAGGAAGUGCACGCAAAGUAAAGGAUAUGCAUAAUAUGUUUACAUAUCUGGAUGGAGUGCCUGGACCAAUGAUAGCAUUAAAGCAUUCAAUGAAAGGACAACGUCGUGUGCGUGUGUUAGUGCGGAAUGAACAUGGCAUACGUGGAAGUUUGGAAGGGUGGCUUAUAUGGUUCGACAAGUUCUGGAACUUAUGGCUACGCAACGUAGAUGAAGUAUGGCAACGUCGUAAAUACAAAUAUGGCGAAAAUAAGGUCUGUGGUGAACCGCGAGAUUGCAGUUUGAGAUUACAUGAGCUUGGUAUUGAGUUGCCGCGGCAGCAGGUGAGGAGCAUCAAUAGAAAAACUGUAGAAAUCCGGAGGCAGUUGCCGCAACUUUUCGUGCGCGGCGAACAGGUAGCUUUAGUGAUAUUAUCAGAAAAUGUAGCGGCAACCGAAACUGAUAUGUGAAAUAUGUUUUGAAGGAUACCUACUUCUAAUUAAUCUAAGAAACUAAAGUGAAUUAUAACGUUUGUAAAAAAUGUACACCUUUAUUUCAGUAACUGAAUUUUUCACAUUGCUGCUACAUAUAUUUAUGUAUUUUAAAUCUAAAUAAAGUACAGAUUAAUUCAUUGUAGAA